UUUCUAAAGUUGAUAAUAUAUAUUCUCUGAGUCCGAGCCGUCAGGGGAGGACUAUACAUUUUGGCCUGUGACAAGAAAAGGGAUCAUAAGCAGUGCGAUUUGAGUGGCUUAAGAACAGGGACGAUAAUCAGAUCAUCAUGAAGCUGACUCCAUGUUUCUUCUUGGUCUUCUUCCUGUCAUUUCUGGCAACUUCAAACGGCGUCGUAGUGUCACGUCUUCUCCAGCUAUCCUCUGCUGAAAGCAGCAAGUAUUUGACCCAGGAUGAACUCUGGCUCAAUCAAACUCUCGAUCACUUCUCUCCUUAUGACCAUCGUAAAUUCAGCCAACGAUAUUAUGAGUUUCUUGACCACUUCCGCAUUCCUGAUGGACCAAUAUUUUUGAAAAUAUGCGGGGAAUCUUCUUGUAAUGGGAUACCUAAUGACUACAUCGGUGUUUUGGCUAAGAAGUUUGGAGGUGCUGUUGUUUCUCUUGAGCAUCGGUAUUAUGGCAAGAGUUCACCAUUUAAAUCUUUGACCACAGAGAACCUGAAAUAUCUUUCAUCAAAGCAGGCACUUUUUGACCUUGCUGCUUUCCGUCAAUAUUAUCAGGAAUCCUUGAAUGCUAAGCUCAAUAAAUCUAAUGCUGAUAAUCCAUGGUUUGUCUUUGGCACUUCAUAUGCUGGAGCCCUUAGUGCCUGGUUUCGAUUGAAGUUCCCUCAUCUAACAUGUGGAAGUCUUGCAAGUUCUGGAGUUGUUCUUGCUAUAUUCAACUUCACGGAAUUUGAUAAGCAGGUUGGGGAAUCUGCAGGCCCUGAAUGUAAAAGUGUACUGCAAGAAAUUACUCAACUCGUUGACAAGAAGCUUGCAUCUAAUAAUAAAGAAACAAAAGCCAUUUUUGGUGCUGCUGAGCUAAAAAAUGAUGGGGAUUUCCUUUAUUUUCUGGCUGAUGCUGCAGUUACAGCGAUUCAGUAUGGAAACCCAGAUGCACUCUGUGAUCCUCUCGUUGAAGCAAAGAAGAAUGGAGCGGAUUUAGUGAAUGCAUAUGCCAAAUAUGUGAAGGAGUAUUAUGUUGAGUAUUUUGGUGUUAGUGUUGAUUCAUACAAUCAAGAACAUCUAAAGAAUGGUGAUACUGCUGAUCGCUUGUGGUGGUUCCAAGUCUGUACUGAAGUUGCGUAUUUCCAGGUGGCCCCUGCGAAUGAUAGUAUUCGCUCCUCAAGGGUGGAUACAAGCUAUCAUUUGAACCUCUGCAAGAAUGUCUUUGGGGAUGGAAUAUAUCCUGAUGUUGAUGGAACCAAUUUGUACUAUGGUGGCACAAAAAUUGCCGGUUCAAAAAUAGUCUUUACAAAUGGAUCACAAGAUCCAUGGCGACAUGCAUCUAAACAAACUUCAUCUCCGGACAUGCCGUCUUACAUUAUCACUUGCCAUAACUGUGGACAUGGAACUGAUAUGCGUGGCUGCCCCCAGUCUCCUUUAAUCCCUGAAGGUGAUGCCAAGAACUGCACCUCCCCAGACGAAGUAAACAAAGUAAGAAAAGAGAUCAUAGAGCACAUAGAUCUUUGGUUGUCUCAGUGUCAAUCUUCAGGUAGGAGUUCAUGGUAAAAACACCGCGAUAUGAUAACAGCUGCUUCUACUUUUACUUGGAAGCGUUUUUAUGUCACUCUAGUACUCUACCAACUUCUAAGCCUGUUAUAACCUUUGCCGACAGAUGUUUAAUUGAUCAUCCCUGAAUAAUGACGUAUCUACAACUUCGUAUGUGUAUAUCGCUUUUCAUGAUGACAGUUGUAAUGAUAUGUGUAUAUUAUUCCGUUAUAAUUGUAAUGUUGGAUUUUGAUGCCAAUGCUUAUUGUAUCUUUCUCAAAA